CUAUGUCGGGCCUCGAAGCCAAGCGACCACCCCAGUUCUUCAAUGGCUGCCACAAACAUCAAGGUGUACAUCCGAGUGCGCCCUGGAAAGGCAGCAGAAGGUUUCAAGGCAGAUACCGAAAAGGGCAUUCUGUCCUUCAACCUGCCAGAAGCUUCGUCAGAGUACGAUGUAAACAACCAGAAAAGAACCCACACUUUCCAGUUCGAUGGUGUCUUGGGCAUGCAGGUCAAACAGCAAGAGGUGCUUGACGCAGUUGCACGACCAGUAAUCCAGGAUGUGCUGAAUGGCGUCAACGGAACAAUCUUUGCCUACGGUCAAACUGGCAGUGGCAAGACCUUCACAAUCACUGGUGGGGCAGAGAACUAUGAGGAUCGUGGAUUGAUUCCGCGCACUCUCAGGCUGAUGUUCGAGGCUUUUCGAAAGGGACCAGCCCAAUACCGUAUGUACAUCUCGUACCUGGAGAUAUACCAGGAUAGUGGAUAUGAUCUUCUUCGCGAUGACUCUGUGCGAAAUCUGCAAGAUCUUCCGAAAGUGCAGCUUAGAGAGGACGAAGAUGGAAACAUGCAUCUUCGAAACCUUUCGGUCAAUCUGGCCGCCUCAGAGGAGGAUGCUUUGAACCUCUUGUUCUUGGGUGACACAAAUCGAGUCGUUGCUGAGACACCGAUGAAUGACGCCAGUACACGAUCGCACUGCCUCUUCAUCAUUUGGGUUGACUCCACUGAAGAGGGAAGCGAUGUGGUGCGACGGUCAAAGCUUCACCUCGUGGACCUUGCUGGAAGUGAACGUGUGUCUCAGACCGGCGUGAAUGGGAGGCUCCUCCAGGAAGCCAAAGCCAUUAAUGUGUCCCUCCACUAUUUGGAACGAGUUAUUGUGGCCUUGCACGCUCGAUCCAAGGGCAAUCAGGCACAUGUCCCCUAUCGUGAUUCGAUGAUGACCAGCGUUCUUCGAGACUCCCUGGGAGGUAAUUGCAAGACUACUAUGGUUGGUUGCAUCGCUGCAGAGGCUUCAAAUAUCUGCGAAUCUAUGUCCACAUGUCGCUUUGCACAACGGGUUGCCCAAAUUACCAACACUGCUCGGGUGAAUGAGGAGCUUGAUCCCAGCCUUCUUAUUGCACGGCUCAAAAAAGAGGUGUCAGAUUUGAAGCAGGAGGUCAAGGUGGCUCGAAUGAACAAGGAAGGAGAGGAACCUGAGGCAAUCACCCCAGAUGUAUUGGAGCAGUGCAGGGCGCUGGUGCAACAGUAUGUUGCAAAAGGUGUGGGCUCAAAUGAACCUUUCCUCUGUGGCUCCAUCGACAGGAUGCGUGCUUCCUUCCGCAUUCUACGGGACAUGUGCCUCGAGAAGGAAGGUUCGGUGCAAGAUCCUGCUGAUGAAGGACGAGUCGCAGCCCUGGAGUCGGAGAUCAAGAAAUGGAAGCUGGAGGUGGCUCAGCGAGAUCAGGAGAUUGCUGUCAUGGUCAAGAUGUUGACAAAGCAGAGAGCUGGUGAGCGUCCAUUUAUCUCGGCAAGGCCCCAGGCGGCCAUGUCGCAAACAGUAGAUGCUGAUCCACAGGAGGGGAACGGGCCAGACGAAUCAGUCCAGCGCGCUCCACCUCCAGCAGAAACAGCUGAAGCAGUGCCUUUGCAGGAUAACGGAAGCAAGCGCCCAGGCCAAGCGUUGAAGGGGAAGUCGGAGAAGAGCGACGUCCGACCGGUACCGACACCGACCAUGCCAACACCCGAAGAAGCGGCUGACCUAUUGCUCGACAAGCAGAAGGCACUGGAGGUCUUCUGGCAAAAAGUCUACACGCCUCCUCAAGCUUUCAAGGAAAAUAAGGCCUUGCUGAAGGACAAGAUCGAACAAGCCCAAGCACUCGGCAAAGAGGCACUUCAACUCAAAGCUGAGAUAGAUGCAGCAAAAUCAAAGCUCUUGAGGCUCCGAACUGAAAGAGCCAUGACAGCAGCGGGCCAUGAUGACUCCAGCCCGGUUGAAGAUGGCCCUGAAGAGUUGGCCGAGGUGCAGGAGAUAGAACGUGUCAAGGGCCUUUAUCGCGAGAAGACUGCAGAGCUGCGGCAUGCGAAGAGUGAUGUUGAAGGAAUUCAGCGGAUGCUCGAACAAAACCAGGCCAAAGUUCGCCGUGAGUUUGAGAACUGGUUUGCUGGAUUGAGGGGUCGAGCGCACAUGUCAAGACUGGAUGAAGAGAAGAAAAAGGAGCUGCUAGACAAGGCCACUAUACAGCUUGCCUGCGUGACCGGACAGAGUGGUGUAGGCACACCUGUGCCCAAAGAAACACCUGAAGUUUCACCAGUGACAGCUUCUAAGAUGAUGCUGUCUAUGCCUUCAAGGACUUCCAAGCCCCCACGGGAAGAAGAACUGGCGGCAUACUAUGCAGCCUUUGGAGAACUCUCCCGAAGAUCUUGAAAAAUCACCAAAAACCUGAUGCAAUUCUGCAAAAAUGAUCAAACAUGUGGAACACCUGUACAGCUGCUGUGCCGCUGAGUUUGGUGCAGAACGUCCCAGCUCAGCUGCCUCCACGAAAAAAAGGUGUCAUUUCUUCGUCAGCAUUAUCAGCAUUGAUGACCUGAUUCGUGGAGCAUGUAUUGCGAUUGCGUACAAACGAAUCUGUGCAAUGGCAUUUUACCAUUCUUGUUUUCCUGUCUGCAAGAAAGCUCAAAUUCACCACAUCAUGAAAGAGGUCAUGGUGAG